AUGGCAGGCAUUCAGGAAGUUAUCAAGAUCGAUGCUCAUGGACAAUCUUCAUCAUCCCCUGCGCUAUCCGCCACACCUGUUCUUCCCCUCGUGGGUCCUGCGGCUUCCCAAUCCAGUGUCGAUGAGAAUCAACCGAAGCCAGUGUAUCCUAUGCUGGUGGAUGUACAGCAUCGACUCAAGAUUGCCAACGUUCUCGACCGCUACAAGGAUUCCUUACUUACAGGUCAUCAGACGUCAGUGCAGGCUUUGAUUCAGGUUGCCACGAAGAACGCGCAAGUAGUCCAGGAGAUCAUCGAUAUGGUGGCUUAUAUCAGCGACGACUCAAUGUCAAUUCCGACCUCAGCGGAUCGUCUUCUCGCCACUAUUCCUCUGUGGGGCUUGAAAGGAGUCGAGAACAUCAAUUCGGAUGACGUUGCUUACGAGUCCAGCCUAGAGCCAGCGGCCGGCGUGUAUCUCGGUGCGAUUUUCACGGCUUGUCAAUCAUUCCGAUUGAAUUUCCAGAACACCCUUCGCCGCAUCGAUAAACGAAUCACCAUCGACACUUCCUACGACGAGAGCUUUCAUAGCGGGGAUUCUGACGACGAAGAACAGCUCGCCAACUCAUAUGACAGUGUUGAAGGUGAAAGCUUCAGCGCCGUCCUUAGGCUGGACAAGGGAGAUACGAAGGGUAUUGUCAAUGCUCGGUCUGUCCCCAAUGUAAUCACGGUCGCCAGCGUGGAUCGUUUGAUCAAGGAUGCCAGAAUGUCCCACCAGGUUUCUGAGUUCACUCCGCCGAUGUUCAGGCCUCCCUUUGCUUCGGCCACAGACCUCGAGGCUGGCUUGUAUGCCUCUGGGUCCGCGGUGUGGUGCGACUUUCCCUAUGCCUUUGAAGGGCCGCCUCCACCUCCUCCCCCGGCCAGAACAAGGUCUCUUGCUGCGACUGCCGAGAUAUGGGGCAGUCCAGUUUCUCGCAAGUCUGUGAAAGUGGGCCGUCGAGAUUGCUUGUUUCUGGACCGUGACCUCGUGGACGACCCUCAAGACUCCGACUACGACCCUGCCAACACGAGCUCCAGUGGAGUCGACACCGAUCAGCCUGUUCUGUCUACUGAUUCCAAGGGAAGACAGGUGCCUUCGCGCUUCCUGAAGACCAAGAAGGGCAGGGUGCCCUAUUACGUUCUGGAUACGCUCAUUCAAGUUAUGAACGAAGACGGCAUCACGGGCACUCCUGUUCUAACAGUCGAGAUGAAGCUAGGUCGUGAUCCUCUCGAGCAGCUCUUAAACUACCUCAGGGAGUUCGAGCUGGAGUUGAACCUUCACGAGUGUAUACUCGUCAAGUUGCAUCCGACCGAAGUUGAUGACGAUGGCAACCCGACUCUCAUGAUUCUCAGCACCCCUGACGACACUCGGGAGCUUGGCCGCGGGUGGUAUCCGUACGACCACCCUUUCGUUAUUGCCACGCUUCUUGAGAUUCGCGACCACCACGCUCGGCCCGCCAGGUACCUCACGGUGGACGAAAUCCGACAGUGGCGGGAGAAUAAUCGGCUGUUCAUGUCGGUUGCGCAGCACUUUGUCGGGCAUCGCCAGUACUCCACAACAUGGGACUAG